UCUCAGUCUCUUUCUCCCCGGUUUUCACCAUUAGCUGUACUGGGGCCAGGUCAAGAGGAGCUGUCCAAGUUCUUGACAGUCCCUGCAGGUGGAGACAGGCUCUGCUUGCAACAGAAGAGAAAGAGAGCAAGGAGGUGCGAUUUUCUCAGCAUCAGCUGCCCAUGGAAAAAUAGCCUGUCAGGCCAUCAUCUGGAAGACGUGGCAAGAGGCACCAUGAGCAGCAAUGAGAAGCAAAUAGACCCUGACUCAUCCCCUCUACCUGAGCCACCAAAGAGGAAGAGGGGAAGACCAAAGAAGCAGCCACAGGAGCUUCUGGGACCUUUGCCCCUAAAGAAACCGCGAGGAAGGCCAAAAGGAAGCAAAAAACUGAGUGCCAGCAGCGGGCAGAUGGUAGAAUCUUCAGCUGAGAAAAGACCAAGAGGGAGACCUCGAAAGUGGCCUCAGCUACUGAUCCAGGAGAAAGAAACCCAGGAAGGAUAUCUCCAAGAGAGCAAUGACCUGAAUUCUAUGUCACCGCCUGCCACAGGAGGGUGCUGA